AUGAUUCAAUUAUUCGUACAAAUCUUCAAAAAUAUUUACGGAUAAUAACAUCUUUUGCAACAUACCCGUUUGAAUGUCUUCUAGAUCAUUUAGUACUGUUAUGAUAUGACUAUCGCAUUUGAAUUUUGCGACCAGUUUUCUACUUUCUGAAGGUCAAAACUCUAAAUGAAGAAAAUUUGUCAUAUAGUUUAUACUUGUAAUAAUUGUAUAUUGUAUAGCAAUAAUAUAAGAGCCCGUACAUGUAGAAGAACAUUCCUUAGUUUUGACUUUGAAAAUGAGUUUGUCGAAUUACAAUAGCCUUAGACCAUCUCCAAUGCCUUUGAAUAUAAUUAAAUCGUUUUGACCAUAACACAAAGUCUUUCAGUAAUUACACGGCCGUAACUUAAAAGGUAAACAACAUUAAACUAUAGCAUGUGGUGGUAUCUAUAUACAAGAACAGAUGAUAUUAAUAUUGUUCAUUAUCAAACAGGAAACUUCUAUAUGUUUGAAGUUUGAUGUCAGAAUUAACUUACAUAAUGUUUUAACAGACGAAAUAAUGUUCUGAGUCUUUUGACAGAGUAUGAAUCCUCUUUCAUUAAUAAUAAGAGUUCAUUUCUUAUAAAUAUACACAAUUAUUUUAAUAUAAAAUCCCCAAAAGGUGAAGAACAUAAGAAAAUAUAUGCUGAAAUAUAUUAAAAAUAUAGGCAUAAGGAUGUCAAAAUCAGUAUAGUUUGCUGGGCACGCCAUGUUGUAAUUACCUGCAACCAUAUAUUGCCAAAACCCAAUAGCGUAUUUACACACGUAUGACCAACAAGUUUCUCCUAUCACCUAAUUAAUUUACUCCAUUAUUUCAUGUCAUUUCCAAAGUAAUUCAAACUUUCUCUGAACAUUUAUUUCUUUCUCUAAACGGGUUCUUGGGUUUGAGUCUUCUUCUUGUCUUCACCCCUCUUUGUACUUUUCUGAUACCAUCUCAUUCGCAGACUUGUACAACACGUCUCUCUCUCUCUCUCUCUCUGAUCUUUUGCAGAGCUAUAAGUUUGUAAAAUUGACCCAAGAAUAUCUGAGAUUUUCUUCCCAUGAGACUAUAUGGCUGUCGUCAAUAACCUCGGAAGCUGUCUGAAGAUCUCUUAUGUUAUAUUUGCUUUCUGUUCUGCUUUCUUUCUCGGUGCUCUCAAAGGUUUGAUCGUUGGUCCAAUUGCUGGAUUAACAUUAAUAGCAGGAAACGUUGGAGUGAUUCUUGGUUUGUUCCCUGCACAUGUUACUUGGACUGUUUACACUGUUGCAAAGACAAACAGAUUUGAUAUUCCUCUGAAACUAGCAAUCUUGGUGGCCCUUCCUGCACUGUUUGGUAUAUGGUUAGGUCUAAGUAUAGCAAUAAGUGUCCUUGUUGGUGUUGGCUAUGGAUUCUUCACUCCAUGGAUCUCUGCUUUUGAAGCAUUCAGACAAGACACUGAGUCCAACAAGUUCUUCCACUGUCUUGUGGAUGGAACUUGGGGAACAAUCAAAGGAAGUUGUACCGUGGUUACCGAUUUCGCAGAUCUUUGUUACCAUUCUUAUCCACUUUACUUAAAGGAACUGCGAGAAUCCCCUGCCUCAGAUGAGCUUCAAACUCUUAGGUUGAUUCAUGUUCCUGGAUGCAUCAUUGUAGGGAUUAUAGGACUAGUUAUAGACAUCCCUCUUUUCACUGCAAUAGCUGUUGUUAAAAGCCCUUACCUUCUGUUCAAAGGAUGGUUCAGACUAGCUCAAGAUGCUAUUAAUAGAGAAGGACCAUUCCUUGAGAUAGCUUGCAUCCCAGUUGCUGGUUUAACAAUACUUCUAUGGCCUAUUAUCGUCAUUGGAUUUGUCUUGACGACCAUCUUCGCCAGCAUCUUUGUCGGGUUGUAUGGAGCUGUAGUUGUGUUUCAGGAAAGGUCAUUUAGAAGAGGAGUGUCUUAUGUGAUUGCAGUGGUUGGAGAGUUUGAUGAGUACACAAAUGAUUGGCUUUACCUUAGAGAAGGAACUAUCUUCCCAAAGCCAAGAUAUAGAAUGACAAACGGAUCCUUCUCAAGUGAAGUAUCUGUGGUUGUUCACCCUUCAGCUGUUAGCAGAGUCAAUAGUUCAGGUUCUGUAGAACCUCCAGCUAUGCUAGUACCAAGCCUGGUUCGGUCUGUAUCUGUUAGAGGAGCAAUACAAGAAGUGAGGAUGGUUCAGAUUUGGGAGCAUAUGAUGGGGUGGUUUGAGAUGGAAGGCAAAGAACUAUUAGACCAAGGAGUGAUAACACCAGAUGAUCUAUAUGAGUCUUUAAAGGGAAGACAUGGAAACGAAUCAUCGAUUAUCAAUGUUGGACUUCCUUCUUAUGCUUUGCUUCAUACACUGCUUAGAUCUAUUAAAGCUGGUGCUCAUGGAGUGCUUCUGCUUGAUGGCUCUGAAGUGACACAUUUGAAUAGACCACAGGACAAGUUUUUGGACUGGUUCUUUAAUCCAAUUAUGGUGUUGAAAGAUCAAAUUAGAGUGAUAAAACUUGGAGAAAGUGAAGUUAGGUACUUAGAGAAAGUUGUUCUCUUUGGAAACCAUGAACAAAGGAUGGAAGCUUGGGACAAUAGUGGUAACUUACCUCAAGAAAACCUUAGAGCUGCUCAAAUUCUAGGAAUCAGCAGAAGAAUGAUGGGAAUGGUACGGAGCGUAUCUAAGCUUCCAACGUAUAGGAGAAGGUUCCGGCAAGUGGUUAAGGCUCUAAUAACGUAUUGGUUAGAGAAACAGGGAUUGAAUCGAACCGGUUCCAUGAGUUCAGGAGAUUUCAUUGAAGAGGUCUAACCUAAGGGGAGCAACAAUUGUUAAGAAAUAUAUAUAUUGUUAGGGAUCUUUUAGUUCCUUUGUAAGAUGUAUUUAAUUGCUUGCAGUAUAAGGUAUUUAAAAAAAAGUACAUAAGUUGCUAAACGUUCGUUCAUUUAGCUUUGUUUGUUCAA